AUAGACAGCAGUGGGGCUCCAGUUGGCUGUGUGUGUGUGUGUGUGUGUGUGCGCUCAGACGCACAGACGCAAGCAUCCCACUGGCUGGAGUUGUUGGAGGACACUCUCGCCCCGUCUCGCUUCCUCCGCUGCUCUGAUCCCUUGUCUUUGUCUCCCCUGCGGUGAGAAGACCACCCGCACGGGAGAGAGAGAGAAGCAGUUCUUUUUUUGGUGUUGUUGUUGUAUAAGAGUCAGAGAAACUAUACAGAAUCGGGACUGGACACUUUUUUUUUUUGUCUUUGGAAAGGGGGAAUUAUUUCUCGCAUGAGUCGAGCUGGAUCUGUUCUGUAUACAGCGGGGCGCGCACUGCUUCGUCUUUUCAAUGGAUUUCAAUACAGUGGAAGUACCCUGGGAAUUAAACUACUGUUAAGUCGCUUUUAGUUUCGCACAUCUCGUUCCAACAAGGGCUUAUGUCUCACAUGGAGAGGAAGACGAUGAUCCUCGCAGUAUUGUAUGUCCUUCUGCCUCUUUUAGAUGUGUUGUCUUAUGCCGAGGAGAACCUGCGCGCUGGGGCCACCCGGCUGGACUGUGUGAGGGCCAAUGAGCUGUGCCAGAAGGAGCAGACGUGCAGCACCAAGUACCGCACGAUGAGGCAGUGCGUGGCCGGCGGUAAGGAGACCAACUUCAGUAUGGUGGCCAGCCUGGAGGCCAAGGACGAGUGCAGGAGCGCAAUGGACGCGCUCAAACAGAGUCCCCUGUACAACUGCCGGUGUAAAAGGGGCAUGAAGAAAGAGAAGAACUGCCUGCGCAUCUAUUGGGGGAUCUAUCAGACGUUACAAGGAAAUGAUUUCUUGGAGGAUUCUCCAUAUGAACCUGUGAACAGUCGUCUAUCUGACAUUUUCCGACUGGCUCCCAUCAUAGAGGGUGGGGAACCUUGGAGCAGCUCCGCCACUUCAGCUCCAGGCAGGGGGGGCGCCCAGGGCAGGGUAUCCCAGGGCAGGGAGCACGCUCUGGGCAGAGGGGGCCCCUCUUCCACGGAACUUCAGGAUCCAAGUAGAAACAGGAGAGCUCAUCCCAAUUGGGCCGUACUGGGUGAGCCUGCAGUGGCCAGAGAGAAUAACUGCCUGAACGCUGCCAAAGCCUGCAACCUGAAUGACACAUGUAAGAAGUAUCGCUCGGCCUACAUCAGCCCCUGCACCAGCCGCGUCUCCACCGCUGAAGUCUGCAACAAGAGGAAGUGCCACAAGGCCCUGCGGCAGUUCUUUGACAAGGUUCCUCCGAAGCACAGCUAUGGCAUGCUGUUCUGCUCGUGCCCUCUUAGCGACCAAACGGCAUGUUCUGAACGCAGGCGUCAGACCAUCGUCCCUGUCUGCUCGUACGAAGAAAAACAGAAACCCAACUGUCUCGAACUGCAGGCCAUCUGCAAGACCAACUACAUCUGCAGGUCACGACUGUCGGACUUCUUCGUCAACUGCCAGCCAGAGCCUCGCUCUCUGUCGGGCUGUCUGAAGGAGAACUACGCAGACUGCCUCCUGUCAUACUCCGGUCUGAUUGGUACCGUGAUGACUCCCAACUACCUGCGCUCACCCAAGAUCAGCGUCUCCCCCUACUGCGACUGCAGCAACAGUGGCAACAACAAGGACGAAUGUGACAAGUUCACCGAGUUUUUCACCGAUAACACCUGCCUCCGUAAUGCCAUCCAGGCCUUUGGGAAUGGGACAGACGUGACAGUGUGGCAGCCGAUGUCCCCCGUUCAGACCACCACCUCCACCACUACCCCCUACCAGAGAAACCGUGAACGCAACCCCAACACCAUCGACAACCACAUCAACACAGACCCUGGCAUCUAUCACUUCUGUGGCAGCCUACAGGCUCAGAAAUUAAAGUCAAACUCAACUGUCGAUGGUGUCUUCUGUGUGGACCCUCAGAUAGACGGUCCAAGUACAUCCAACGCCAUCCUGAGAGACUCGGCUGUCUCCAGACGGCCUGCAGGCCUGGCCUCUCUGCUGCCCCUGAUGCCCUGGCUGUGUUACUGCAGCCUGCUGGGGCUCUCCUCGCCGGGCGUCUUGUAGCCUCACUUAAAACUACAACGGACUGACAAACACACACAUUUGUAUAAAAGAAAAAGCAAAACAAGAAAUAAUAUCCUUUCUUCUCAGUAAUACCUGUUGUACUUUUAUUUCCCUCUGGAUUAUAUCUCUCUUUUGAUUCCUACUUUGAUUUAUUUUUUUUAAUGAAUUUUUUGAGAAGCUUCGUUUGUUUUCUUGUUUCGUUUUGUUUCGCAUUGCAGCUGUGUGCUAAAAAACGGUGAUCUACUAUACGUGUUAACUCAGUUUGGCUGUGUGUUACCUUUGGGUUAGUUGAAAAAAAAACACAAAAAAACAAGGAUUUAAAGCUUCUGUGUUAGUCGAGGGCAGAUAUGAUAAAAUACUCGAGGACUACAUUCCAGUAAACCACAGCUGGUGGCUCUUGGAAAGGUACACGCGAUGUAAAUUAGCAUUGAUUUUCCGAGUCGUCGAAUCUGUUUUCACCCACGUCUGUUUGUGUGUUGAGGCUAUCGGUGGGAUCUUUCGCUUAAAAGUCACAGUCAGUUCAGUAACGGCUACAUUUUAUCACUUGGGCAGCCUUUUUUGGUGUUAUUCAGUCUGUGGUUUGUGUAUGUUUUGAUAAUGAUGUGUUCUGAUAUUUGACAUUUUUUAUGAAAGUUGGAUAUCGACCCGACAAAAAGAAAAUGCCACUUGAGAGAUUUUGUUUUUUUUCUUUUUGUCCCCAGGGUGAACACCGAUAACUUAAAAACAUCAGAGAACAUCUGCGCCCAAACCAUCUUCAGUGUAGCUCAUACUGAACACACAUUGCCACUGGCAAAAGCACACACGCAAAGACCCACAAACACGUACCGCACAUGUUCACACAUUCAGACAAAAACACACAGGAACACACACGGCGCCAGGCGUUUUCACUUUUCCACUCUUGUUUUUUGAGGGUGAUACUAACAGAUCACAGGACAGAAGGCAGCACGCUGCUGUGGACAGAUGAAUCCACUCCGCUCAUUAGUGAUUGUACAUACUUGUAACUGUUAGAAGUCCAAGCCAUGUUCAGUGUGUUUCUCUGUGGAAGGUGACAGAGAAGCUGCUGCGGUCUCACCUGAACAAUUAUUUCUUCUUUUCUUUUUUAAAAAAUGUAAUUUGCUGCACUGCGUCCACAAAAACAAGAGCUGACUCAUUGUCGUCGAGUAUAUUCAACGGUAACUCACACCGACUUCGCUCCGAAACUCAAAGCAUCCUUUUCAGUGUUACGACUUAUUGCCUCGAUUGUGAAACUGUCAACGCGUGUUUGGGAAGGGAGCGAUCACUUGAAAUUGACCAUUUGUUAAGCCCCGCCACCCUUAGUUACUGUCACUUCAACUUUCAGGCAUUCUAGCAUUGCUUCAGUUUAGAUUACCAAUAUAAAUGUGGCAGAGAUGCUUCUAAAUAAAUUAGAAUUUUUAGAAUGAGCGGCCUUUCAGAUAGAAGUAGACAUUUCUGAAUUUUAACUAGUGACAAACUUUGUCGUCUAAGCUUCUGGCUGUCACUAGCUGAUAAAUGUUGAUUGGACACUUUCUCCAGCUGACUUUGUAUUAUUUUAAAUUGGCAUUGUGGAGAAAUCUAAACUUAUAUUCUUAUAAUGUACCUCAUAAAACAUUCAAAAAGAAUUUAAAUAUGAGAAAAGGGAAUCAGCUGACUUGAACUAGUGUGUUUUCUCUGUACUUGACGUACAGUACAAACUAAAAGAAACCUGACAACCUGCGAUCCUGAACUGAUUUGAGAAGUGAAGGACCGUCAUAAAUCAUAAUGGAUGCUUCCUCCAGCAUUCCUCCUAACAUUAGCAACUAAGAACUAAGAAGAAAAGUCUUGUUCAAUACAGACUAUGUCUCUUCAGUUGGCCUGUAAACAUAAUGCCCACAUGGUAAUUGGACUAUAAAAGCUGCUUUGCUUAACUACAGAUGCAAAGUUUCAAGAGUUUUGGUGUCGGAGGGGUUUAUCAAACGGUCAAUUUUAUCUUUUUAUGACUCCAGCAAAACAUGUGACAUGUGACUUAUGUACUGUAUGUAAAACAUUAAUAAGCAUUUUGUAUGUCUGCUUCCGAGGACUGCUGGAAAAAAACAAAACAAAACAACUAACAAACAAAAAAAAAAGCCACAACAUCGCGAUCGUGUUCACUUCUCACGUGUCUGUUUUCAUCAGAUGGAGGCGUAUGCUUUCUUUUUUCAUUUGGGCUUUCUUCACAACACAUGAUCCAGACGUUUACACACAAUCGCUGUGGCAUGUUCAGCAAGUUACUUUAGCCAUUUGGAUACCGACAGGAGCAUUUAAAGACAUGCUGCUUGGGUUUAUGUAGCUUCUCAAAACAUGAUUAAUGUAUAGUAGAACUUAAAUGUUAUUUACCGAGCAUAAACAUGGUAUAUGCACUGUAUGUACUUGGCUGAAACUAUAAAGUGGACAAAUAAAUGUCUGAUGAUAUUCUAUUCCAGAGCAUUGUGAGCUAUUUUGACAUUCAGAUACAACAUAGAUUACAUUGAAUAAGCCAGAAUACUGUUUUUUAUAACAACUUAUGUGUAUAUUUCUCCCACUAUGUACAUGAUUAUGGAAUAUUAUUGCAUCUGAGAAAGAGGAUAUCAAUGUAAUUCUCCGACUGUAGUUAAACAGCCCCAUUAUGAUGUUGCUUAAAUAUAGUAUCGAUUUUUUGGCUAAGAUUUGAACUUAUUUUUCUAUCUUUUACUAAUUUUUUUUUUUGCUGUUUCGAUGAGUUAAAGCGAACGAGAUGGACCAGCCACCGACAACUCAUGUUUUAAUUGUUCAACUUUUUUAAGACUGUUCAGUGCCGUCACCGUAAUUAUUUUGGUUUUUACUGCUGAAAGAAUUAUGGCGACAACAACAAGAAAGUUGAGCAAGAAAGAAAGUGCAUGGUGAUUUAGAAAUAUUCCCACACUUUGGAUGUAAAGUUAAAGAGAAAUGUUGAGUUGCUACGUGGCAAAUACUCAAACUGGGACUGAUUACAUUUCUCAGAAUUGUGUCUUACAGUACAUCAUUUUAUAUUUAAAUCCCAGUGCCAUGUCUUCAUUGGCACUAGAAUAUAAGCUAAAGUCUAUAAAGGUGGAUCAGUGCUUCACCUCUGAGUUCAGAAGGCCUCAGCAGAGGUGACCUGCUCCUUAUAUAAGGAUCCCACUUUUGAACAGAAACAAAAAGUUAAAGAUGUUCAAUACGUUUGCUCUCCAUCGCCAUCUCAUCUGUUGUUUGAAAAAUACCAAAAAUGGCUUUUUGGAGAUGCAGACUCCCUCAGAUAUCUGGCGUCAUUAAGUUCUUAGCUUGUGAAAAUGUAAAAUCUAUUGUACAAAAGUUAUGAUUAAAAACUGUUAAAUCAUCCA